UUAAGAACGACUGGAGAGGCGGAGCUCAUGUCUGCUCUCCUACGAUAACUCUUCUACUUGGUUUCAUUCAUCUCGAAUAUUUCACUUAAUAAUCAAGUUUUGUUCGGAAUACACCUUCACCUAACAUGAAGUUUAAACAUUUUGUGAUCACAUGUCUUGCACUGACGGGGCCGAGUGUCCUUGGAGACUCUUGGUCAUGGGGGCAGGCGCACGGCCCUUCACCCGCCAAAUCGAGUAGGGCAAGGUCUUUCGAUACAACACCCGUCAUUCCACUGAGCCGCGAUUCCAAGUCCUUAUCGCCUGAUGACCCAGUCGAUACCAAAGAAGAUCCACAUCGUGAGACCGAUACAGCACCGAGGUUCCUCGGUCUGGGGGAUAAAUUAUGCUCCAUCGGAAUUGGGAUAAAUUGUAAGAAACCCCUUCUGGCUAAUCCAAACAGUAUCCAUGGGGUUGCCCGACCAGGCAUCCCUAUUCCAGGAUCAUUUCCAGCCCCUGUGAUCACCCCUACCGUCAACCACAAUUCUUAUCCUCCUCCCGUCAACCACAACUCUUAUCCUCCUCCCGUCAACCACAAUUCUUAUCCUCCUCCCGUCAACCAGAACUCUUUCGUGUCUCCUCCCCGACCACAUCAAGCUCUCUUACCUAGCCACUCAUCGCCUCACGCGCAUGAAGCUGAGCCCACAAUCGUCCACCACCAUACCCAUACCCACAUCCAUCAUACCCCUGGAAGUGACGUCCAUCCCGUCCCGCAUCCUCAUGGAGAUCUCACAGGAAACUUCCAGCCCUCUCCUGGACUUCUCAGCCAAGAGCCCCUUUUCAGGCCACCUGCCCCAGCAUACCGUGAAGAGUGCACGUGCGUGCAUGCCUCCUUCUGCUCCUCUUACGACGUCAUUGCCAGGAGCUCCUCAAAUGACAUCAGCGACCUCAUUGAUGCCAGAAACCGUAAUCCCGACAUAAAGUCAAACGCCACAUCAGAGGCUGACGAUGAAGAGAACAGCCAGGAGGGAGGAAGUGCUAAAGAGGACACCUCCAGGUUAGGGAAUUCUUUCUCCGCAGUUGAAGCUCGAGCUGGAAAUCGCACACGAAGGGAUACCUUGACAGGUGGACAUCAUGCUGAUGGACAUCAUGCUGAUGGACUUCAUGGAGCUGUCAAUGUAACCAGCGAUGCUCAAGGGCGCACUCUGAGAUACACUCCAGGCCAGGCUGGCUGCGGCGCGGCUUACGUUUGUUGCCGUAAUCCCCACCAGCAGGCAGUGCACCACCAGCCCGUCUGCGGCCAACGACGAUCCAACGGUAUCGUCGGUCGAGUCAAGAACCCCCACUAUGUCAACGGGGACACUGAAUUCGGGGAGUACCCUUGGCACGUGGCUAUUCUCGACGUUAACGGGGUCUAUAUUAGCGGUGGUGCACUCAUUGAUGACAGGCAUGUUGUGACGGCUGCUCAUAGCAUUAACAACAUCAACCCUUUGCAAAUGGUCAUUCGUCUUGGUGACUGGGAUGUAUCGGGUCAACACGAGUUUUACCAGCACAUCGAGCUUCCAGUAGCCUACGUGGUGAUCCAUCCAGAGUUUUACGCUGGAAACUUGCAGAACGACAUCGCCGUCAUACGUAUGCAGGGUUAUGUGGAUUUCAAUGCCUAUCCUCAUGUAUCUCCGAUCUGCCUGCCUGACCUGGGAUACAGUUACUUCGUGGGCAAGAGGUGUCACUCUACUGGGUGGGGCAAGGACGCCUUCGGAGAUCACGGCCAGUUCCAGACCAUCCUGAAGGAGGUAGAACUGCCGAUUGUGGAGCACCAUCAGUGUGAGGCUGCACUUAGGCAGACGAGACUCGGGUAUCAGUUCUCACUGCACCAAGGGAUGCUGUGCGCAGGAGGCGAGCAAGGGAUGGAUACUUGUGAGGGUGAUGGAGGCGGACCAUUGGUCUGCACAGGCCCUGACGGAAGUCUCCAGCUGGCUGGUUUGGUAUCGUGGGGCAUCGGCUGUGGCCAGUACGGCGUGCCGGGAGUCUACGUGAACGUUGGGCAUUACAUUCAGUGGAUUCACACUAUCACAAGCGCUCCUUGAGUAAUUUCUAGAGGGCGCUCGGAGUAUCCCAUCGAUGUUGUUCCUUGUUGCAUUUUGUAGUGUCCUUAGUCUUUACUGAUUUUCCUUCUUCAGGAGGAUUUAUUGUAAGCAUAAAUUAUGCAGUACUCAAGUGUUCAUUUUUAAUAUUGUACUCUUGCCAUUACCACAAAAUAAAUUAUUUAGUUUGAA